GACGGCGCGGAGCAGAGGCGCGGGGGAGGGUAGGGCAGGCCGGCCGGCGCGAACCCAGGCCGGAGGGUGCGAGGAGCCCGAGCAGGCUGGAGGGGGCGGCGGCCGCCGCUGGGUCGGAGAAAGUUGCCCCCUCUGCAGAUGGGAACUGAGGUAAAAUGCACACUUGCUGCCCCCCAGUAACUUUGGAACAGGACCUUCACAGAAAAAUGCAUAGCUGGAUGCUGCAGACUCUAGCGUUUGCUGUCACAUCUCUUCUCCUUUCAUGUGCAGAAACCAUCGAUUAUUAUGGGGAAAUCUGUGACAAUGCAUGUCCUUGUGAGGAAAAGGACGGCAUUUUAACUGUGAGCUGUGAAAACCGGGGAAUUAUUAGUCUCUCUGAAAUUAGCCCACCCCGUUUCCCAAUCUAUCACCUCUUGUUGUCUGGAAAUCUUUUGAACCGGCUCUAUCCUAAUGAAUUUGUCAAUUACACUGGGGCUUCAAUUCUGCAUCUGGGUAGCAAUGUUAUCCAAGACAUUGAGACUGGGGCUUUCCAUGGGCUUCGAGGUCUGAGGAGAUUGCAUCUGAACAACAAUAAACUGGAACUUCUGAGAGAUGAUACCUUCCUUGGUUUGGAGAACUUGGAAUACCUACAGGUAGAUUACAAUUACAUCAGUGUCAUUGAACCCAAUGCUUUUGGGAAACUGCAUUUGUUGCAGGUGCUUAUCCUCAAUGACAAUCUCUUAUCAAGUUUACCCAACAAUCUUUUCCGUUUUGUGCCCUUAACGCACUUGGACCUGCGGGGGAACCGGCUGAAACUUCUGCCCUAUGUGGGGCUGUUGCAGCACAUGGAUAAAGUUGUGGAGUUACAGCUAGAGGAAAACCCCUGGAAUUGUUCCUGUGAGCUGAUCUCUCUCAAGGAUUGGUUGGACAGCAUCUCCUACUCGGCUCUGGUGGGGGAUGUGGUUUGUGAGACCCCCUUCCGCUUACAUGGCAGGGACUUGGACGAGAUAUCCAAGCAGGAACUUUGCCCAAGGAAACUUAUUUCAGACUACGAGAUGAGGCCACAGACGCCUUUGAGCACCACGGGGUAUUUACACACUACCCCAGCCUCAGUGAAUUCUGUGGCCACUUCUUCCUCUGCUGUUUACAAACCCCCUUUGAAACCCCCUAAGGGGACACGCCAACCCAACAAGCCCAGAGUGCGCCCAACCUCUAGGCAGUCCUCUAAGGAUUUGGGCUACAGUAACUAUGGCCCCAGCAUCGCCUACCAGACCAAAUCCCCGGUGCCUUUGGAGUGUCCCACAGCGUGCACUUGCAACCUGCAAAUCUCUGAUCUGGGCCUCAACGUCAACUGCCAGGAGCGCAAGAUUGAGAGCAUUGCUGAGCUGCAGCCCAAGCCCUACAAUCCCAAGAAAAUGUAUCUGACUGAGAACUAUAUUGCUGUGGUGCGCAGGACAGACUUUCUGGAAGCCACUGGGCUGGACCUUCUGCACCUGGGUAACAACCGCAUCUCCAUGAUCCAGGACCGAGCCUUCGGGGACCUCAGCAAUCUGAGACGCCUCUACCUGAAUGGCAACAGGAUUGAGAGGCUGAGCCCAGAGUUAUUCUAUGGCCUUCAGAGCCUGCAGUAUCUCUUCCUCCAGUACAAUCUCAUCCGGGAGAUCCAGGCUGGGACUUUCGAUCCUGUCCCGAACCUCCAGCUGCUGUUCCUGAAUAACAACCUUUUGCAGGCCAUGCCCUCUGGCGUCUUCUCUGGCUUGACCCUCCUCAGGCUGAACCUCCGGAGUAACCACUUCGCCUCCUUGCCAGUGAGUGGAGUUUUAGACCAGCUGACGUCACUCAUCCAGAUCGACUUACAUGACAACCCUUGGGAUUGUACCUGCGAGGUGGUGGGCAUGAAGCUGUGGGUGGAGCAGCUCAAAGUGGGCGUCCUUGUAGACGAAGUGAUCUGUAAAGCACCCAAGAAAUUCGCUGAGACUGAUAUGCGAGCCAUUAAAUCUGAGUCGCUGUGCCCAGACUAUUCGGAUAUCGUGGUUUCCACGCCCACACCCUCCUCCAUCCAAGUCCCCGCCAGGACCGGCGCGGUGACCCCUGCCGGCAGGCUGAACAGCACCGGGCCCCCCGCAGGCUUGGGCGCGGGUGGAGGGGCGUCCUCCGUGCCGCUGUCAGUGCUGAUCCUCAGCCUGCUGCUGGUCUUCAUCAUGUCCGUCUUCGUGGCGGCGGGGCUCUUUGUGCUGGUGAUGAAGCGCAGGAAGAAGAACCAGAGCGACCACACCAGCACCAACAACUCGGACGUGAGCUCCUUCAACAUGCAGUACAGCGUGUACGGCGGCAGCGGCGGGGGCGCGGGGAGCCACCCCCACGCGCACGGGCACCACCGCGGGCCCGCGCUGCCCAAGGUGAAGACGCCCGCGGGCCACGUGUACGAGUACAUCCCGCACCCGCUGGGCCACAUGUGCAAAAACCCCAUCUACCGUUCCCGAGAAGGCAACUCCGUGGAGGAUUACAAAGACCUGCACGAGCUCAAGGUCACCUACAGCAGCAACAACCACCUGCAGCAGCCAGCGCCGCCGCCGCAGCCCCAACAGCAGCCCCCGCCGCAGCUGCAGCUGCAGCCGGGGGAGGAGGAGAGGCGGGAAAGCCACCACCUGCGGAGCCCCGCCUACAGCGUCAGCACCAUCGAGCCCCGGGAGGACCUGCUGUCGCCGGUGCAGGACGCCGACCGCUUUUACAGGGGCAUUUUAGAACCAGACAAGCACUGCUCCUCCACCCCCGCCGGCAGCAGCCUCCCAGAAUAUCCCAAAUUCCCCUGCAGCCCCGCUGCCUACACUUUCUCCCCCAACUAUGACCUGAGACGCCCCCAUCAGUAUUUGCACCCGGGGGCCGGGGACAGCAGGCUGCGGGAACCGGUGCUCUACAGCCCCCCGAGUGCUGUCUUUGUAGAACCCAACCGGAACGAGUAUCUGGAGUUAAAAGCAAAACUAAACGUUGAGCCGGACUACCUCGAAGUGCUGGAAAAACAGACCACAUUUAGUCAGUUCUGAAAGCAGAGAAACUCCCUUGGAGCUCUUGCGUUUAAGACAAGUGAGCAGACACACACGGUGAACACAUUUGAUUCAUUUGUGUCGUUUCAACGUUUAGGGUGAAGUGCCUUGGCACGGGGAUUCUCAGCUUCGGCGGAAGAUACUGAAAGAGUGUGCAAUUUCCUUUUAAUUUUACACGGGGGAAACAUUUGUGUAAACUGGGCACAUCACUUUCUCUUCUUGUGUGUGGGGGAGGAGAGGAGAAGGGCUUAAUAGAAGGCGAUUUGCUGCGAGGGUGACUUGUUAUAGGUCGCAGUCAUUUUGUAGUGCUCGGAAGUGCUAAGAGUGGUGGAAGAUGUUAGCAUAGAUUCUACUGUUCCUCUCCCCCUCCCCACCUCCCUUUCUCCCUCUCUAAGCCAUGGGUGGGUCUAAAUGGCUUUGGUGGAGAGAUAGCACAUCCCAAUUGAAAUAGGAAGUCUGAUCUCUCUUCCCCCCUUCCCUCCUCUCCCACCUUCCUUCUUAUUCCUUUCCUUUGUUUUUAAAGGAUGCGUUUGUAUGCAUUCUGGACGUUUGAACUAAAAAAAACAAAUGUAUUGUGAUCCAGAAAAGGAUCACUAGAGAUGUGGACAAAUCAUUAAAAUGACAGAGUUAUAUGAUCCAUAAUUGAUUAGUCAAAAUAACUUAUUGAUGAAAUAUACAAAUAUUUUAUUGUAGCACCUAUUUUUAUAUGCACAUUUAGCAUUUCCUCUUUCCUUCACUAUUUAGCCUAUGAUUUUCACAGAGGUGUCACGUUGUAUUAGGAGCUGCGUUUCCAAAACUGAAGUGAUUGUCAGGAAAGCAUUUUAGAUCAUUAAAAACGUGGAGCACUUAAUGGCAAAACCUUUAAAAGCCAAUGCAACCCACCCAAUUGAACCUGUAUUUUUUUAUACUGAUUGUAUCCCACUGUAUAAAAGAAAAAGUUAGGGCAACUAAUUGGACCAUUCAAGAGAAUUGUGUGCAAGAUUUUGGUUUUACUAGAGAAGAUUUCAAAGUAUUUUUAUUAGUGAACCAAACUGUGUAUUGAUUUGACUACUAUUGUAGCCAAUUUUCAAUUGUUUAACCAAACCCACUUGCAUUUGUACAGAUCCACAUGUACUGGCACCUUCGAAGACCAAAAGAUGGACUGUACAAGUCUCUAUACAAUGUCUUUAUGCCUCUAGGCAACAAGCAAUGAUGAUAAUAACAAACAGGAUCUCUGUAUGAUGGGGCUACUGUUGUUACAGUCUCAUAUGUAUCCCAGCACAUGUAAUUUUUUAAAUAGUUUCUGAAUAAACACUUGAUAACUAUGUCAACUA